UUAGCAGGUGUAUUCCGAACUGGAAGAUAUCCUUAUUCCAAAGUUACUUUUUCUUAUUUUAUGCAAACGUUACCCAUGCAAUCACUACGGGCGCCGAUUUAUUUAGAUUCUGCGAACAUCGGAAAUAGGCCCAAUGUUGUUCGAACGCGCUUUCGAAGGGUAGCGAGAAACGCGGGUGCCAUCUUGUGAACGAGCUGGUAAACUCCUCCGUCAUGGCGUGUAAUUAAUUAGUCCUUAGAAAAAUUCACAUGUUUACGUAUACGGUAAAAGGCGUUUAUAACCUAGCGGUGAAUGAAAAGUAGUAAACAUGACAGUUAAUAAGCAAGGCAUUAUCAAGUUCAAACCAUUAUGGUUAAAAUACGAUGAAGAAAACGUGAAUUGCCAUCAGAUCUUUUUCAAAGAACAUUCCGUGCGGAAACAGGAACCUGAACAUCCUGAAGGGAAAACGCUCUUUGUACUUAAUAUACCACCUUACGCUACAACCGAUGCACUGAAACGUGCACUUGAGUCGGUAUGUGGACCCGUCGCAACUGUCACUUUUGCAAAACAAUAUGAAAGAGAGAAAAAUUCUUUCAAGACAGGAUAUAUUGUAUUUAAGAACGAGUCCGGAUUGAAGGAAGCGUUAUCUCUUCCUGAUGAUUAUAUAUUAAUAUUGCAAACGCAAUUAAGUCCUAUACCAACUGGCAUCAUGAAAUGGUGUAAGGAAUAUAAUGAUUCCAUACAAGAUGAGGCAGUGAUUAAAAAAGAAAUAUACGAUUAUGUCCAAAAGUAUGACGAGCGUAUCGCAAAUAGACUUGCUAAAGAAAAAGCUAUCGAAGAAGGUGAAGAUAACGAAGGCUGGGUUACGGUUACGAGUAGAAAGAAACGUGGACAGUUUGCCCUGUCAAGGAAGGAAUCGGCUAUUUCUAAAAUUCAGUCUAAGGAAGAAGAAAAGACUCGAAAAAAACAAUUACUCAAUUUUUAUAGUUUUCAAAUACGCGAAGCAAAGAAGCAAAAUUUGGCAGAGUUGCGAAAGAAAUUUGAAUUGGAUAAAAAGAAACUACAGCAACUGAAAUCAAAAAGAACAUUUAAACCAUUCUGAAAUCAUAGGAAAAUAAUUAUUAUAGAUAUUCUUUUGUAAACAUUCUCAAUUUAUAAUUAAUACCAAUGUAUCCAAAUAAAUAACAUAAGAAUAAGA